UAGGAGUAACAUUUAUGGUUGAGUUUCUAUCAAAUAUCAAUAGCAAUAAAUAUUUUCAUCACCCAAACUACCGGUGAUGACAACACUACAACAGACAACAAAACCUCAAACCUAAUACUCCGUACUACGUAAGAUGCAUAUAUACAAUGAAGUCAAUAAUGAACCACAAACAUAGUUAAGUAAUUAAUUUAUCAUGUCCGGCGACAAAAUCCUUUCCUUUUACAAACCACCACCGGAGGGAGGGGAAGAAAACGAAGAAGCGGCCUAUAAGUUCCUCAAGAUUGUCCCAAACCCCGACGGAUCCCUCACCCGGCUAAACCACAUCCCCGUUUCACCCUCCAACCCUUCCGAUCCCAAUCUCCCCCUCUCCAAAGAUAUCCCCCUCACCCCCUCCGCCGCCACCUUCAUCCGCCUCUUCCGCCCCCCUCCGCCUCCUUCCUCCUCCCCCUCAGGGGCCAAGCUCCCUCUCGUCAUGUACUUCCACGGAGGCGGCUUUGUGUUCUUUAGCGCCGCCUCCAGUGUCUUCCACGACACCUGCGUCCGCAUGGCGGCCGAGUUUCCCGCUGUCGUCGCGUCCGUGGAGUACCGCCUGGCCCCAGAGCACCGCCUGCCCGCCGCUUACGAGGACGCGGCGGACGCGCUCGCGUGGGCCCGGGGCCAGGCGAGUGACACCACGGAGCGGGACCCGUGGAUGGAGGAGCUCGUUGACUUCUCCAGAGCUUUCCUCAUGGGGAGCAGCGCGGGAGGAAAUAUCGUGUACCAUGCGGCACUGCGUGCCCUGGACGACGCCGUCCCCUCGCCCCUGAAGAUCCAAGGGCUGAUAUUUAACAAGCCCUACUUCGGCGGGGUUGAGAGGACGGAGUCGGAACGGAGACUGGUCAAUGACCAGAUCGUCCCUCUGAAUUCGAGCGACCUGAUGUGGUCGCUCGCACUGCCCGAGGGUGCGGGCCGCGACCACGAGUACUCGAACCCGCUGGUCGUGGCGGCAACAGGGGGGUCCGGGGUGGAGGAGAAGAUCGGACGGCUGCCGAGGAGCCUGGUGAGAGGGUAUGCGGGGGACCCAAUGGUGGACAGGCAGAAGGGUUUUGCCAACUGGUUGAGGGAUCACGGCGUUAGCGUGGUGCCGCAGUUUCUGGAGACGGGGCAUCAUGCGGCGGAGAUGUUUGAUCCGGCGGCCGCCGAUGCUCUGUAUGCUGCCAUCAAGGAUUUUAUUAACGACGGCUCGGAUCAGGCAAAAUGAUUAUGUUUUGGUCAACGCUAUCCACCCUAUUUCAUCACGAAUUAAACAAAUUUAAAAUAAUUAAAUAUUGUAAAAAUUCGAUAUUCCAAAAUUAUAUUUUUUAAAAAUAAACUAAAUUUUAGUAAAUUUAAAUUAUAAGUAAAUAAUUUUUUUUCAUAAUUCACAUCAAUGUGUACUACAGUUUGAAUAAAAAAAUUAAAAUGUGGUAAUCUUUUAAGAACGGAGAGAGUAUCUUUUGUUAAAAACUACUCCCUGCAGUUUGGUUCUAUUGCCACUGAGUAGGAGUGUCACUCCCGAUGCCACUCACUUUUUGAAGAACGUCCCGUAUUCUAUUCGCAAAAUUAAUGAUUUUUAUUUCCUAAUUAUAUUUAAAACUCAACCCCGCUCAUGUCCUCCCACCACAUCCCUAUCUCUGUCUUUCCAACCCUGUGUCCUUCAUAUGUGUGGUCAUUAGGGGAAAAAUCAUCAAUUCUGUGAGAGAAACACCGAAUGUGUUCUAAAAAGCAGUUGCAUCGUAGUCGGUACUUCAUAUUGUAAUGUACUUUGUAAUAAACUUAUAAACUAUAGUCAAGCACGUGUAAUAAAUUUUUGGGUUUUCUAUUGUUCUUUCCCAGAUUCUAAUAAUAGAAUUAUCGAAUC